AUGGGCCCCCAGCUGGGGCGGCCGGGAGCCCAGCCCCUGACCCGUCCCCGGCGGCCCCUGCCAGGCUUCCGGGGCCUGAGUCGCCGCCCACCUUCCUCAGGGGCAGAGCCGGCCUUCAGGGCUGGCCGCUGCCCGGGCAUCACCAGUCUGCUGGCCACCGGCGUCUACUCGGCCGCCUACCCCCUGCAUGACGGAGACUACGAGGGGGAGAACGUGGACUUCAACGACAGAAAACUCCUGUACGAAGAGUGGGCGAGUUACAGGGUGUUCUACAAGUACCAGCCCAUCGACCUGGUCAGGAAGUAUUUUGGGGAGCAGAUCGGCCUGUACUUCGCCUGGCUGGGUGUGUACACCCAGAUGCUCAUCCCCGCCUCCCUGGUCGGCAUCAUCGUCUUCCUGUAUGGCUGCGCCACGGUGGACGAGAACAUCCCCAGGCCAGCCCUGGGCACCCCAGGCCCGUCUGCCCACUUCGCGGGCGAGGAAGCCCCCGCCGGCUCCGCCUGGUGCGGCCCCCAGACUGGGGAGCGGGCCCAGGGCUGUGCUGGACGCGGUGGCCAAGGCCUGGCAGCACGCGCCGCCACCUUCAUGGAGCACUGGAAGCGGAAGCAGAUGCGGCUCAACUACCACUGGGACCUCACGGGCUUCGAAGAGGAGGAGGAGGCUGUCCAGGACCAUCCCAGGGCUGAAUACGAGGCCAGAGUUUUGGAGAAGACGCUGAGGAAGGAAUCCAAAAACAAAGAGAAGCGCCGGCACCUCCCAGAGGAACCCACAAACAAGUGGAAGCAGAGGGUUAAGACAGCCAUGGCGGGGGUGAAAUUGACAGACAAGGUGAAGCUGACCUGGAGGGACCGCUUCCCCGCCUACUUCACCAACCUGGUCUCCAUUGUCUUCAUGAUUGCGGUGACCUUCGCCAUCGUCCUGGGGGUCAUCAUCUACAGAAUCUCCAUGGCCGCCGCCUUGGCCAUGAACUCCAACCCCUCCGUCCGGUCCAACAUCCGGGUCACGGUCACGGCCACCGCGGUCAUCAUCAACCUAGUGGUCAUCAUCCUCCUGGACGAGGUGUACGGCUGCAUCGCCAGGUGGCUCACCAAGAUCGAGGUCCCGAAGACUGAGAAGAGCUUCGAGGAGAGGCUGAUCUUCAAGGCCUUCCUGCUGAAGUUCGUGAACUCCUACACGCCCAUCUUCUACGUGGCGUUCUUCAAAGGCCGGUUUGUGGGGCGCCCGGGCGACUACGUGUACAUUUUCCGCUCCUUCCGCAUGGAGGAGUGUGCCCCGGGGGGCUGCCUGAUGGAGCUCUGCAUCCAGCUCAGCAUCAUCAUGCUGGGCAAGCUGCUGAUCCAGAACAACCUGUUUGAGAUCGGCAUCCCGAAAAUGAAGAAAUUCAUCCGCUACCUGAAGCUGAGGCGCCGCAGCCCCAGCGACGGCGUCCAGUACGAGAAGCGGAGGCAGCGCUACGAGCUGGACUACACGCUGGAGCCCUUCGCCGGCCUCACCCCCGAGUACAUGGAGAUGAUCAUCCAGUUCGGCUUCGUCACCCUGUUCGUGGCGUCCUUCCCGCUGGCCCCCCUGUUCGCCCUGCUGAACAACAUCAUCGAGAUCCGCCUGGAUGCCAAGAAGUUCAUCACCGAGCUGCGGAGGCCGGUGGCGGUCAGAGCCAAGGACAUUGGAAUCUGGUACAACAUCCUCAGAGGCAUCGGCAAGCUGGCUGUGAUCAUCAACGCGUUCGUGAUCUCCUUCACGUCGGACUUCAUCCCCCGCCUGGUGUACCUCUACAUGUACAGCAAGGACGGGACCAUGCACGGCUUCGUCAACCACACCCUCUCCUUCUUCAACGUCAGCGACUUCCAGGGCGGCACGGCCCCCAACGACCCCCUGGAGCUGGGCUACGAGGUGCAGAUCUGCAGGUACAAGGAUUACCGGGAGCCCCCAUGGUCGGAGAACAAGUACGACAUCUCCAAGGACUUCUGGGCCGUGCUGGCCGCUCGCCUGGCCUUCGUCAUCGUCUUCCAGAACCUGGUGAUGUUCAUGAGCGACUUCGUGGACUGGGUCAUCCCGGACAUCCCCAAGGACAUCAGCCAGCAGAUCCACAAGGAGAAGGUGCUCAUGGUAGAGCUGUUCAUGCGGGAGGAGCAGGGCAAGCAGCAGCUGCUGGACACCUGGAUGGACAGGGGGCGCGAGGAGGCCGCCUGUCACAACCACCACCCCAAGGCGGCCCGGGCCAGCCUGGGCGCGGGCGGCGCCUCC